AAGAAGGGUCCAGCCUCAGCCUCAGGCAGCCUGCCCUGGUGGAUUAGGUCAAGUUCAACAUCACAUUACAUAAUGAUUACCUUACAAACUACUCUAUUGACGCAAUUCAAAAACAUCAUAGCUUUAAUGUAAAGCUAAAAGGUUAAGAAUUUUAUUCCCUUUCCAGAGUUUUAUCUACAAACAGACAGCCAGAAUCCAAACAGCACGCAAUCAUUUCAAAAUGGUUGCAGUUUUCAACAAAGAGCUUCUCAGUUGGUACCUUAUCACCCUCAAGCUCAAUCAAGCUGUGGAAACCGGGCUUCAAAAUGCUCAAAGUCCCACAAAUUCAAGAUCCAUUGAGUUCCCGGAAACGGUCAAGGCUCAUAGACAAGAAAAUCAACUGUCGUCGAACUCGAUUCAAAUCUCUGCCCAGGAUGGAGAAACGGGCCAGGUUGAGGAGUCGGGCCAGGCCAAGCCUGUGGAGUCUGAGUGGGUGGUUAGCAUCAAGGAAAAGCUUGAUCAGGCACAACAUGACGAUGCAGCAGGGGCAUGGGCCAAACUCUGCAUCUAUAGGAUCCCCCACUGCCUUCGGGACUGCGACGACAAGGCCUACAUUCCUCAAGUUGUAUCCUUAGGGCCUUAUCACCACGGCAAGAAGCGACUGCGCAACAUGGAUCGGCAGAAAUGGCGGGCCCUUCACCAUAUACUUAAGCGGACUAAUCAAGAUAUAGAGCUUUAUCUUGAUGCUGUUAGAGAACUGGAAGAAAAGGCUCGGGCCUGCUAUGAAGGCCCGAUCUGCCUCAGCAGCAAUGAGUUUGUGGAAAUGAUGGUGUUGGAUGCGUGCUUCAUUCUUGAGCUCUUUCGUGGUGCAGCCGGGGGAUUCACUCAGUUAGGUUACUCGAGGAACGACCCGAUUUUCGCUAUGCGUGGUACUAUGCAUUCCAUCCAGCGUGACAUGAUCAUGCUUGAGAAUCAGAUUCCCCUUUUUGUACUGGACAGGCUAUUUGGCAUCCAGUCUGGUAAUCCCGACCAGAAAGGGAUGGUUGCCAGGCUGGCGCUAAGGUUUUUCGAUCCAUUAAUGCCGACGGAUGAACCAUUGACAAAGAGUGACCGGAGCAAGUUGGAGUCAUCUCUUGGAAAUGCAAGCACUUUUGAUCCAUUGACAGAGCAGGGUGGAUUACACUGCCUUGAAGUUUUCCGGCGCAGCCUGUUAGCCAUUCGCACUGGGCCUAAACCCACACCCCGAAUUUGGAUUAAACGGUGGUCGCACACUAACCGGGUGGCGGACAAGAGGCGGCAGCAACUCAUUCAUUGUGUCACCGAGCUGAAAGAUGCAGGGCUCAAAUUCAAGAGAAGGAAAACUGACAGAUUCUGGGACAUAAAAUUCAAGAAUGGGAUCCUCAAGAUACCUCGGCUCUUAAUCCACGAUGGUACUAAGUCGCUCUUCCUUAACCUCAUCGCAUAUGAGCAGUGCCAUUUGGACUGCACAAAUGACAUAACUUCAUAUGUAAUCUUCAUGGACAAUUUGAUCAACUCACCGGGUGACGUGAGCUACUUGCAUUAUUGUGGGAUUAUUGAGAAUUGGCUGGGGAGUGAUGCAGAGGUUGCUGACCUCUUCAAUCGCCUAUGUCAAGAAGUGGUUUUUGAUAUUAACGACAGCUCUCUUUCGAGGUUGUCUGAGCAAGUGAAUCGGUACUAUGAUCACAGGUGGAAUGCUUGGAGGGCUACUUUGAGGCACAAAUACUUCAAUAAUCCUUGGUCGAUUGUCUCUUUUUUUGCUGCUGUGGUGUUGCUGGCUCUAACAUUUGCUCAGACAUUUUACAGUGUGUAUGGUUAUUAUAGGCCGCAUUCUUGAGCUGAGUGACUAGACCCUUUUUGGAUUUAACUCCAGAUUACAAUUACUUCGCCAUACAUCGUUGGCUGCAAAUCAUCUGCUUUUUUUUACAUACUAUAGAUUUGGCGAACUUUUGCAUUGUUUUCUGUUCUGCUUCAUUUUUGUGUGAAGGUAAGGUCUGUGAGAGAGAGAGAGAGUCACUAAGUGAUUCUUCAUUUUAGUGUUUUCUGAGAAGAGCAGAUGAAUGAUAUAAUUAUUUAACAUGCAUAUGAGAACUGUAGUUUCCAAGUAAAGAGAAUAAAAUCCUAUUCAUUC